UCGUCUCCAUUUCUCGCUCGCUUGCCCGGAUCAGGAGAAUUUUUCUCCGGAAAUAUUCCAGUUUCUCUUUCGCCGCUUCGAGGUUCGAAUUUGACUUUGGAUUUUGAAUUCUCUUUGAUCUUAUUGAAUCAUCGAUGGCGACCGCUUCGUCACCUUCUCCUUCAACCCCUGCUCCGUCUUCUGGUUCUCCGAGCGAAGAGUCGCGGACGAAGGACCUCGAGGCGAAGCAGCGAGAGGUGGGAAAGGAAACUAAGGAAGAGGAGGUCAUGUACAAGACAAAGACGAUUCAGUUCCUCGGACGAACAACGCCUAUCAUUCUCCAGAACGAGAAUGGACCUUGUCCCCUGCUAGCAAUCUGUAAUGUUCUUCUCUUGAGAAACAACUUGAAUCUGAAUCCCGACUGUUCUGAGGUCUCUCAAGAGAGACUGCUUUCGCUUGUGGCUGAAAGAUUGAUCGAUUCCAAUAGUAACAUCAAUAACAAAGACAAAGAAUAUAUUGAUAAUCAACAACAAAACAUUUCUGAUGCCAUUGAUCUCCUCGAACACCUUGCGACUGGAAUUGAUGUCAAUAUAAAAUUCACGAGGAUCAAUGAUUUCGAGUUUACACCUGAAUGUGCUAUAUUUGAUUUACUUGACAUUCCCUUAUAUCAUGGAUGGAUAGUUGAUCCCCAGGAUGUUGAAACCGCUGAUGCGAUAGGAUGCAAGUCUUAUAAUGCCUUAAUGAGUGAGCUUGUUGCCUUGGAGCCACAAAAUGGAGCGGCUCAUUCUGACUUGAUGCCUGCUGAAGAUUCAGUUGACUUUGUUGCUGCGACGACAGCAGCUCUAGGGGUUCCUUCACCAUGUCUUUCGAAAACCAGAUCUUUUGAUGAUUCUCCACCUGCAGCUGAAGAGCAUCGUAAACUUAGAAAGGGGGAUCUUGAAGAAGAAGCAGAGUUGUUGAGAGCCUUGCAAUUAUCAGAGAAGGAAGGGCCUGCUUCCAUCCAUGAUGCUCACGCAGACUCCAGCAAUGGAGUAUCUGUGUCUUCAUAUUCAGAUGAAAAUCAAAUAUCUGAAGAGGAUCUUUUAAAUUCUCAGCACACUGUAGAUGGUCAUGCUAGCCCCGAUUAUGGUAAUAUCAAUCAACUAGGACAGUCCAAAUCCGAUGACAAGAAUGCACUAGACAAUUGUGGGAAUAAGACUGAUGUGGGGGAAGAGAUAUGUCCAAUGACAUUGGCCACAAAAAGCAGUGCAGAUCCUGAUCAUGAUCAGUUAUCUUCUCAGAAAUCUGAAGAUGGGCCACAUGGUGAUGGUGGAACUGAGAAGAGCAGUGAAAGCACCUCUGUGGAUAUAGCAACUUCUGAGACACUCUCUGUCGAAAAGACUAAUCUUGAGCCAACCAUAACUGCCAACAAUACUGGGAUUCUGCCCAAGUCCGAGGAUGGUAGUUCUAUUAAUCCAGCUCUAGAUUUUAGUCACAUAUCCCAGCAUGACGAUGGACCCAAUGCUUUUACCUCAGGUGAAGCUACUGGUGAGCCCAUUUACGAAGGUGAAGAGUGUGUUAACUCAGUGGCUGCAGUUUGCGAAGACAAAGAGCCUGUUUAUGAAGGUGAGUCUCUUCUUGGAAGAAAAGCUGAGAAGAGUGCUGCUGAUCCUUGUUCUGAAGGACGGGCUGUGGAUGGCCUCACUCCAGCAGAAGGGAAUCUGAUCAGGAGUUUCUUGGAAAGCAGUGCUAGUCAAUUAACCUUUUGUGGACUCUUCUGCUUGCAAGAAGGCCUUAAAGAACGUGAACUUUGCGUCUUUUUCCGCAAUAACCACUUCAGCACCAUGUUCAAGUAUGAAGGUGAACUUUAUCUGUUGGCUACGGAUCAAGGUUAUAUGAAUCAGCCAGACCUGGUCUGGGAAAAACUAAACGAGGUUAAUGGUGACACUGUGUUCAUGACUGGUAACUUCAGGGUCUUCAAGAUGGACAAUGGCUCAAGUGGCACAUGGAACGAACAAAACGUAGUUUCCAAUACUGCUGAUUAUCUUGCCAGCAUCAACACUGCUUCGGAAGCAGGCCAUGACAUCAACUCCGAUCUCCAACUGGCGAUAGCUUUGCAGCAGCAAGAGUUUGAGCAACAGAGCCCACGCAGUAACACUACGCCGCCGGCACAGCCAGUAGGCACUGGUCCCUCAGGCCUCAUCACGGGUCCACAGGUACCAAGAAGCAGCCAUAGGCCUUCCGCGAAACCGGAGGGGAAACCAUCCAAAGACUCCAAGUGUACAGUCAUGUAAAUCCUCUUCCUUUUCUACUCUUUUGUUUCACCCCUCUUCUCCCUCUGUAUAUUCCCCUUUCUCCUUUCUCUCUCUCUUUUUCUGCUCUUUAGCUAAAUCCUUUUUUUUUAAAUUUCCUUUUUCUGGUUUUACGACAAAUACUUGAUAGAAACAAAACGUAUUAGUGACCAUCGAAUUCCCUUUCCUGCUCAUAAUCGGAUGGUUCUGUCAUAUGAUUCCUGGGUAGUUGAGAUAA